AUGAUGCGGGAAAUGGAUGAAAGCAACGCAUCUGCGCGCAUGAGAAUUGACAAAUACGGCGGCAGCUCUCGACCAUGCCCAUGCCUCGUCUGGAAAGAGAAGAUUCCGGCUAUCACCUCCCAGCCGCGCCGAGCAGAAGACACGCCAAAUUGGGAAAAAGCUCUUGACCAUGCCCUAUACCUCACCUGCAAAGAGAAGGCUCCGGUCAUGAGGUCCCAGCUGCCGCGAUUCAGGCGACGCCGGAUUGGGCGGGAGCCCUCUGAAGAUGUUGUUCGGAGCAAGCGCCGGCGAGGUGAUCCCAGCCGCGCUGAAUAG